ACAAGGAGAUGGCUCAGCGGUAAGGAUGCCUGCUGCCAAGCCUGGCAAUCUGGGUUCGAGCCCCAGGGCCUAUAGAGUGGAAGACGAGAACCAACUUCCGUUAUCAGUUCUGACCACAGGUAAGCAGUGUGACAGUCCCCCCCCCCUAAAAAAAAAGUAUAAGGAUGCCUGCUGCCAAGCCUGGCAAUCUGGGUUCGAGCCCCAGGGCCUAUAGAGUGGAAGACGAGAACCAACUUCCGUUAUCAGUUCUGACCACAGGUAAGCAGUGUGACAGUCCCCCCCCCUAAAAAAAAAGUAAUGUGCCCUUUAAUUUGUACCUUAGACUUACAUAGUAACAUGCAGACUUGUCUCCAUUCGCAAAGUAAGAAACUGUGGCUGUGGGAAGUUGAGUGAAUUCUCAAGUCACAGCUCGGGUCGCUGAACUCAGCAGGUAGCAGGUGUUGCCGCCGGAGUCGCCGGCCACUAAGGGACGUGGCUGAGAAAAGCACUCCGGCGGUUGUCAGGGAGGGGGUCUCUGCCCCUCCCAGAGGGAGGUGGUCCAGUGACGUCAUUGCGACUUUAAGACCCCUUGCCUCCGCCCUCGUCCCUACUUUCGACUUGGGAAUCUUUGCAGGACUUGUUUGCAGGUGAGCAGCCUGGGGCUAGUGUGAGUUGCGGGCGUGGAGAUACGCGGGCAGGGGAUGUGGCAGGGUGCUUGCGGGCAUGUGCAGAGAGCUGGAGCUUCGAUCCUGGUGGCAGCCUCUUGGGUCAGCAAGUCCCUAGGCAGGAAGUGGUUGCACCGAGCCCCUCAAGGCGAUCGAGUACCCGCGGCCCCAGAAAAGUUAAACGCCCCUCCCCCUCCCCCGGGACAAAGACACCGAAACCUGGAACGCCCCUCCUCCACCUGCUUGGUUUCUCUGGGGCGGGACUCCCCUCCCCCCCCACCUGCAGGCGCGGACCCAGCUUCGGGCGCCGCCAUUAAGCCCCUCCUGGUCGCGCACUCCUAGGCUUGAUAACCAACCAGCCCCGGGUGGCCGAGCCGGACAGGACGCCCUCGGACAAAGCUGAGUGAGCACUUGCCCCCUCAACCUCACCAUGGCCUCCGCCGGUCUGCAAAUCUUGGGGAUCGUUCUGACCCUGCUUGGCUGGGUCAAUGCCCUGGUGUCCUGUGCCCUGCCCAUGUGGAAGGUGACAGCCUUCAUCGGCAACAGCAUCGUUGUGGCCCAAAUGGUGUGGGAGGGGCUGUGGAUGUCCUGUGUGGUCCAGAGCACCGGCCAGAUGCAGUGCAAGGUGUACGAUUCACUGCUGGCGCUGCCCCAGGACCUACAAGCCGCAAGGGCCCUCUGCGUCAUCACCCUCCUCGUUGUCCUGCUUGGUCUGCUGGUCUACCUCGCUGGAGCCAAGUGCACUACCUGUGUGGAAGACAAGAAUUCCAAGUCUCGACUGGUGCUCAUCUCUGGGAUCGUCUUUGUCGUCUCCGGCGUCCUGACCCUCAUUCCUGUCAGCUGGACGGCCCACUCUAUCAUUCAAGACUUUUAUAAUCCCUUGGUAGCUGAUGCUCAAAAGCGGGAGCUGGGGGCCUCCCUCUAUCUGGGCUGGGCAGCCUCGGGCCUUCUGCUGCUGGGUGGGGGGCUGUUGUGCUGCGCCUGCUCCCCUGGAGGGCCCCGGGGACCUGGCCAUUACAUGGCCCGCUAUUCUACAUCUGCCCCACAUUCGGUCUCUCGCGGACCCUCUGAAUACCCCACCAAGAAUUAUGUCUAAUGCUCGCUGGGGAGUGAGGCACUACUGGCCAAGCCAUAGGGCCUUGAGCUGAGCCAUCAAGAAAUGGUGCCUGGUAGUCUUGGGGUUGUUGAGUUUGUUUCUGUUUUGCAGUACUGGAUAUUGAACCGGGGCCCCACACUUUGUAAGCCAGCACUCUACCAAUGAGCUGUAUGGUAGCGGCCCCUCGGGUUGGUUUCGAGACAGGCUGUCAUUACGGAGCUGACUGACCUCCAACUCUAGUUUAAUUGCCUCAACCUGAGCCCAGGCUCUGCAGCUUGCAUUUCUCAUUUUUAGAUUAUGCAUCGGGAGGGAUGAUACUUUUAGUUUGUGUCUUUAUUCACUCUGGGCAUCUUCUGCAGAACCUGUUUUGAGAAUGCUUUUGGACCUGGCCUUUGUGAUCCCCAAGAUGGCCUGUCCCAAGAGUUCCCAGUCCUGGAAGGUCAGGUGAUAAGUUACCAAAGAAUUUUCUUCUCCAAGUCUUCCAACCUUUUGCCCCUACAUCCCAUGACCAAAGUUACCGUGUGUCUCCCCCAAAUCAGGUCCCAGCUGUGCUGUAGACCCU